GUUCCCCGGGGGUCUCCGGCGCUCUGUUCUGGAGGCGCCUGUCGGUUGCGCCCCAUCGGUCGCUCCUUUGACGGGGCGCCGGGGCCAGCCCCUAAACCCUGGAUUCCUGGGUGCCGUGCCGCCUGUUGUACGCGCGCCGGGGCCGGGCAGCCGGGCUGCGGGCAGAGACCCGAGCGCGGCGUCUGCCCCACGGUCCCUGAAGUGUCUGGUCGGGGAGCCGGAGAUUGAGCUGGGGCUCGGCGGCGCCAGAAGGGGGCCUCGGUGGGAUGCGAGUGGGGGGCGCGGCCUGCAGAAUUUGGGUUCCUGGAGGUGCUUGCGGCGUGAAGGCUGGGCCCGGGCAGAGGAGACCACCAUCCUGUGCUCGAGGAGGGCUAGGAACUGUCAGCUAUGAAACCUACGCAGUGGAACAUCAUGCUGCUUCUCCUGCAGGGCGUGUGAUGAGGAGCGGAGUCUGGCUUUGGAGUGCUCGGAACCAGAGGAAUUGCCGAGGACUCGGAGCCCAGCCCUGACCACUAGAGAGCCCACAACACAAUGAACAAAUUGAACUUCCACAACAACAGAGUCAUGCAAGACCGCCGGAGUGUGUGUAUUUUCCUCCCCAAUGAUGAAUCUUUGAACAUCAUCAUAAAUGUUAAAAUUUUGUGUCACCAGUUGCUGGUUCAGGUGUGUGACCUACUGAGGCUAAAGGACUGUCACCUGUUUGGACUCAGUGUCAUACAAAAUAAUGAACAUGUCUAUAUGGAGUUGUCACAAAAGCUGUAUAAGUAUUGUCCAAAAGAAUGGAAGAAAGAGGCCAGCAAGGUACGACAAUACGAAGUCACUUGGGGUAUUGACCAAUUUGGACCUCCCAUGAUCAUUCACUUCCGUGUACAGUACUAUGUGGAAAAUGGCAGAUUGAUCAGUGACAGAACAGCAAGAUACUAUUAUUACUGGCACCUGAGAAAACAAGUGCUUCAUUCUCAGUGUGUGCUCCGAGAAGAGGCCUAUUUCCUGCUGGCAGCCUUUGCCCUGCAGGCUGAUCUUGGGAACUUCAAAAGGAAUAAGCACUAUGGAAAAUACUUUGAGCCAGAGGCUUACUUCCCAUCUUGGGUUGUUUCCAAGAGAGGGAAGGACUACAUCCUGAAGCACAUUCCAAACAUGCACAAAGAUCAGUUCGCACUGACAGCUUCCGAGGCUCAUCUUAAAUACAUCAAAGAGGCUGUCCGACUGGAUGACGUUGCCGUGCAUUACUACCGAUUGUAUAAGGAUAAAAGGGAAAUUGAAGCUUCUCUGACCCUUGGAUUGACCAUGCGGGGAAUACAGAUUUUUCAGAAUUUAGAUGAAGAGAAGCAAUUGCUUUAUGAUUUCCCCUGGACAAAUGUUGGAAAGUUGGUGUUUGUGGGUAAGAAAUUUGAGAUCUUGCCAGAUGGCCUCCCCUCAGCCAGGAAGCUCAUCUACUACACGGGAUGCCCCAUGCGCUCCCGACACCUGCUACAGCUCCUGAGCAACAGCCACCGUCUCUACAUGAAUCUGCAGCCUGUGUUGCGCCACAUCCGGAAGCUGGAGGAAAAUGAAGAGAAGAAGCAGUACCGGGAGUCUUACAUCAGCGACAGCCUGGACCUCGACGUGGACCAGCUGGAGAAGCGGUCCCGGGCCAGCGGGAGCAGCGCGGGCAGCGUCCGGCACAAGCGCCUGUCCCGCCACUCCACCGCCAGCCACAGCAGUUCCCACACCUCAGGCAUCGAGGCGGACACCAAGCCCCGAGACGCGGGGCCGGAGGACAGCUACUCCGGCAGUGCCAUCCACCGCAAGCUGAAAACCUGCAGCUCCAUGACCAGCCACGGCAGCUCGCACACCUCCGGAGUGGAGAGCAGCGGCAAGGACCGGCUGGAGGAGGACUCACAGGACGACGAGAUAGAGAUGCUGGUUGACGACCCCCGGGACCUGGAGCGGAUGAAUGAAGAGUCCCUGGAAGUCAGCCCAGACAUGUGCAUCUAUAUCACCGAAGACAUGCUCCUGUCGCGGAAGCUGAAUGGACACUCUGGGUUGAUUGUGAAAGAAAUCGGUUCUUCCACCUCCAGCUCCUCAGAAACUGUCGUCAAGCUUCGCGGCCAGAGCACUGAUUCUCUUCCGCAGACUAUAUGUCGGAAACCAAAGACCUCCACUGAUCGACAUAGCUUGAGCCUGGAUGACAUCCGACUUUACCAGAAAGACUUCCUGCGCAUUGCAGGUCUGUGUCAAGACACUGCUCAGAGCUACACUUUUGGGUGCGGCCACGAACUGGAUGAGGAAGGCCUGUACUGCAAUAGCUGCUUGGCUCAGCAGUGUGUCAACAUCCAAGAUGCUUUUCCAGUCAAAAGAACCAGCAAGUACUUUUCUCUGGAUCUCACUCAUGAUGAAGUUCCAGAGUUCGUUGUAUAGAGUACGUCAGCACGCAGCUGGCUCCACGGGCAGCCUUCUGUUUGCUGGAGGCUGGAAAGCCAUGGAAUUGUGCCAGAUUUUCUUCACCCCAGAACAUAUAGCUCUUUCUUGAUGAUACUUGCGAUGGAAAUAAAAGCCUUGGGACAACUGCACUUUAAGUAUCACACAGAGAUAAAAGAACUACAAAGAAUGUACACCAAGACCAGUGCCCAGAAGUUCAUGAUCCUUUGGAAGGAAAUGUGCUUUACUGGUUACCAGGCCUUCAGAACAUUGAGUCGUGGUGUUUGUUCCUCAUUUUUGUUUCUUCGUUUGAUUACACGACAUCACAUUUUUUUAAAUCAUGUGGAAGAUGUUGUUAGGUUUAU